CCCUUCUUAGACUGCUUCCUACCAAAGUCUUCACAGGCCUGGCAAUGGCUCUGUUCCUACUGACCAUGUGGUCACAAUAAACGAAAACGAAAACACUGCAGUAGGACACGUCUAUCCUGAAACCUGUCAUCAAAACAAGCCGUACCACCUGAAACGAUUGAACAUCCAUCAAAAUGUCGGAAUCUGUGUCUGACUUCCAGGUGCAGGUUGCGUCUAUAAUAGAUGUGUUGAUGAAGGUGGCUGUGAAGGAAAUAACCAAACUUUUCGAAGAACGAUCCAUCGCUCCUGGGAGAUCCAAGGCGGAAACAGUGGAAAAUUCCCGGGGGGAAUCGAUUUUUCUUUCCAACGUCCGAACUGACUUGAAAAAUGCAUUUAAACAUUCUGGAGAUACAUAUGUAUGCAGUGUCGGUGUGCAAGUUGGAGAUGAAUGGAUGUCACAGGAGGAAGCGAUGCCCCCUCCACAGACCAACCCCCACCCUCACACCCUGUGUAGUUCACAUCAAUACCCCCAGAAAGAAGGAGGGAGGGCCUCUCAGGAGGAAUCCGUGUUUAAGGAGGAUGUGGACUCCACAGACCAUGCUUCACGGGAGGAGGCCUUGGAAGCCGUUGACCUGCACUGCACCGUUGACCUUCCUUGCACAGUACUCAAAGACAGGGAUGUGGAAUGUGGAAAUAGCCAGGCAAAUAACCUGUCUGGAAAACAGCAGACUGAACAGCCUGGUGCUACAGAUGACACCAUGGAGCUUGACUGUCUUUUUGACUCCCUGAAAAAGUCCUUGGCAUGGCCGGAGCCCCAGCAGUCAGCAACUGUCUCAGAGGCCACAUGCAGCAAGAAAGAUCAACCAGCGCAAAGUGUGUAUCCCCUUGCCGGUGAGAAAUCCACUUCACAGGCCAGCAACCAGCCAGAGACGCUCACCACCACCACCCCCACCCCCACAAGCCAAGGCACCAACAGUUACGUCAGCCACUCCAUACUGCCUGGGCAGGUGGUAGUGCCAGAGCCUCCACCUCACUUAAAAAAAAAGACUGUGCACUUUCAGCUCGGGGUGAACCACCAGGACUGGAAGCUGCUGCAGCCUUGCUCGGUGCAGCUGGUCAACGUGCGGCUUCUGACGGGCUCCAGCAGACAGAGGGUUGGCCCGGUGGGCCCCAAAGGCUUCCCCCGGCCCAAGGACCUGCGUGCCCACCAAGGCCUCCACACGGGCCGCCGGCUGUGCUGCUUCAGCGACUGUGGCAAUGGCGUGUGGCGGCUGCAUCGCGUCCCGUCUUCGGUGCCCGGCAGCCCGAUGGCCUGCAAGAUCUGCGGCAAGAACUUUAAGCGGCGCAAGAUCCUGCGGCGGCACGAGCGCUUCCACACCGGCGAGCAGCCGUACCCGUGCGCCCUCUGCGACAAGGCCUUCACGCUGCGCAAGAGCCUCCGCAGGCACCUGCGCUUCCACACGGGCGAGAGGCCGCACGGAUGCCCGCACUGCGGCAAGUGCUUCCGGCUCAAGGACAACCUGAAGACCCACCUGCGCUUCCACACCGGGGAAAGGCCCUACGCCUGCACACUGUGCCCGAAGAGCUACAGGACCCUCAAGAAUCUGGAGAGGCAUAGACUUAGUCACUGAAACUGGUUGUUGUUGUUGGGGCGUCUCAAACUGGAGGGGCUUCCUGUUUCAAGCGCAGUGUUCAGAAGAACAUGUGUUGCCAUGGGCAUUUGUAUAUGUGUGCAUUUUGGAAGAAUUAUUCCAAACAGACUAUGGUUUGUAAAUAUAUGAGGGAUGAUGAUCAACAUGGAAAAUAAUCAGAUGUACACUUUUUUUAGAAGAGCUGACAGUGUUAAACUUUACAUAGGCAUGUAUGCUUACGCAAGUAUAUUUUUUUUUGAGGGAGUUACCUCAAUACUCAGGUCGUCUUGAGAGGUAUAUUGUAAAAAGUGUCUAACCCUAUGAGACUAUAUCACUUCCAUUCCAUGUCAACCACAUUAUGCCGUAACCAUAUAACCAUACCUGUCCCCUUUGUUGGGAGCUGUGCCUCUAAGACAGGUUAGUUACAAAGCCUGGAGAAAAACCCGACCUAAUCAGGAUAUCUGAUGUUACCAUUGUUAUAUGCUGCACUGGCAUCGCUUCUUGCUGGAACUACAAGAGUUUAACUUUUCAGGCUUGAAUGGCUAGUUGGUUAGGCCUGGAAAAAAUGGGUUGGUAGAGGUUUGAUAAAGUAAAGGUUCAAGACUAAUCCCGAAUAAGCUGUAGACUAAAGGUCACUGUCAGGUUCCACCAGUGGUGAGAUGUGGUGACUGUGUCAUGUAGGUUUUCUCAGACCCACACUCUAAUUGCUGAGUUUGAUGAUUAAGAUGAUUUUGUAGAGGUUUAAGUGCAGUCUUUGUGUUUUGAAUCAAUCAGGCCAAAAAUCAACAGAGUUUAACUCUAUAUCAAAACUUUUGAUAUAGAGUUAAACUCUGUUGAUUCUUGACCUGAUUGUCUCCCCCUGGCACUCAUUUAUUAUACUACAGGUGCCAUAUGCAGUCUUUACUGUCUAUGGUCUAUGCCUACCAUAACAGUGUAUUCUGUAACACGGAGGCUGAUUUGCUAAUGUCCCUGUAGUCUUUGUGUUAAUGCAGUUUUUCAGGACAUGAAAAUAUGUGAAGAAAAGGCAAUGAAAGGCCUGUCACAAGAAAGCUGUGUGCUUGAAAAGCACGUGAAUAUUGGCUAGCUGUGUAUUUUGAUUGUUUCCUCAGAUAAAGCCUGCAUAGACACCCAGAAAUCAUGGGCGUCUUACUAAACAUGCUAUCCACUGUCAAAUCAAGUAGCAUUUGUAUUUCAUUUUCAUUUAUGAGUUUAUUAUGUGUACACCUCUGUUUGUCCGCUGAAUGUUAAAACUUCAAAUUAAACUAACACUGGAGUCAAUGUAGUGCUUAUCUUUGAUGGGUUGUUUAUGGAAAAACUAAGAAGCUGAGAACUGUAGAAUAUAUAACAGAAAACCUUUUGUAUAUAUUACUUUUUUUACGGUAUCCAAUUGUCUGCUUUUUCUUUUGUACAAACCUUAAAAAAAAUGUAUAAAUGGGACUUGUUUUUGUAUUUUCAUUUUGCCCCCAAAGGGAUUGUUCAGUCUCCCCAUUAAAGAUGUUUUUGUACUCUAA